CUAUUAUUGCUUGCACAUAAAUUUUGUUUGAUAAAUAAUAGAAAUGCAAAUUUGACGCACAUUACAUUAUGCAGCAGCCGAUUAUUAAUUUCCAAAGUAAAAAAAAAAAAAAGGAAAAAUGUUUUUGGGGAGGCCAUUGAUGCAUCUUUAUCAAUGAUAUCUUUAUCUGACCUCUUGCAUCUCUCUCUUUCCUCUUUCUGGCAAUGAUUCUACAGCUCUUUCUUCCUCUCCCACUUCUCUAUGUAUUUUUCUCUACUCACCGCAAAGAUGAAAAAGGCAACAAAAAGUGACAAAAUUUAAUUUUUGCCUCAAUAUCAUUUCCCCCAUCUGUAAAAUGUCUUUUGCUCUAUAUGUGUAACAUCUGCAUCUCUGCUGAGUAGGUGCAGAAAGUUUUGUGCCUCUGAUCCCAAUAUAAGGCCUCCCUCUCUCUCCCAUCAAUAUCAUCAAACUGCCCUCUCUCUCUCUCCCUCUCUACAUACAACAAUUAAUUGUGUAAACAUCUGAAGAAGUCUGAGGAGAUCAGUGAAUAUAUAUCACAUCACCAGAGAGAAGCCUUUGCUUGUGUGAACAAGAAACCCUUUUCCAAGUGGUCCUCACCUCAUCACUUCAAACCUCAACAUCACCUUUCAAAUCUUUUUUUUUUUUUUUUUCCUUUUAUUUUGAUUCCCCUUUUCUUUUGUUUCUCCUGUCACCGUAUCAUACGGCGAAGGGGCCAUACACAUAGUUAUUACAUAUGCGUAUAUAAACACACACUCACACACAAGAAAAAAAGAUUGAAUCUUUGUUCAAAAAUAUGCAAGAACAAGGCAUGGGCAUGAUGGGUUCUGGUCAAAUUGGAGGGAUGAACGAUGUGUCGAUGGCGGCGGCGCCGGCGGAGGUGCACCACCAGCUGAAGGCGGAGAUCGCUACCCACCCUCUCUACGAGCAGCUGCUGUCGGCGCACGUGGCAUGCCUCCGCGUCGCCACGCCUAUUGAUCAGCUGCCCCUCAUCGACGCGCAGCUCUCUCAGUCACACCACAUCUUGCGCUCUUAUGCUCAGAAUCACGCCCAAUCUUUCUCCCACCAUGAAAGGCAGGAGCUUGACAAUUUCUUGGCACAGUAUUUGUUAGUUUUGUGCUCAUUUAGAGAGCAGCUGCAGCAGCAUGUCAGAGUCCAUGCUGUUGAAGCAGUCAUGGCCUGCCGUGAAAUUGAACAGAAUCUGCAAUCUCUCACUGGGGCAGCACUUGGAGAAGGAAGUGGUGCAACUAUGUCAGAUGAUGAGGAUGAGCUGCAAAUGGAUUUCUCUCUAGAUCAAUCCGGAGGCGACGGGCAUGACCUGAUGGGAUUCGGCCCAUUGCUCCCCACGGAGUCGGAGAGAACUUUAAUGGAGCGCGUGAGGCAAGAACUCAAGAUUGAACUAAAACAGGGAUUCAAAUCAAGAAUCGAAGACGUGAGAGAGGAAAUACUAAGGAAGAGAAGGGCAGGAAAGUUGCCAGGUGAUACCACUACUGUGCUCAAAAAUUGGUGGCAGCAACACUCUAAGUGGCCUUAUCCCACUGAGGACGACAAGGCAAAGCUAGUCGAGAAGACGGGUUUGCAGCUGAAGCAGAUAAACAACUGGUUCAUCAACCAAAGGAAGAGAAACUGGCACAGCAAUUCGCAGUCAGCUACGUCUCUCAAGUCCAAGCGAAAGAGGUAGAUACAGUCAAAACAACGUUGUCUUGAAGCCUGUCCAUAUGAUAUGUUAGACGUAUUUCGAAGCAGAGGUCACCAUGACUAUUGGGAGGCAAGCUCUGCUGACUAAUGAUAGAUUAGCUGUGGUGGAAUGAGUCUCAAAUACAUAUAUAUAUAUAUGUAUGUAUGUAUGCUUGUAGAUUUGUAUCUUCAGGUUGAAACCUGCUAACUGAUUCACUUCUGUGAACCCUUCACUUUGUGAAAAAUAACUGCUCUGUGAUGAUUUUCGCUACCCUGAGUAAUAAUUGUGUGUUUCAUCA